AUGGCCCACAACCCGAACCCCGGAAACUUCGCCAACCGCCCCCAUGACGAGGUCGAAGACAUCGCCCGCAAGGGAGGCCAAUCGAGCCACCAAGGUGGUUUCGCCAGCACGGACGAGGAUAAGCAGAGAGACAUCGCCUCGAAGGGCGGUCACGCUUCGUCAGGCAGCUUCCGUCCUGGAGACCCUCGGGCUAGGGAGGCUGGUCACAAGGGUGGACUUGCCUCUGGUGGAAGCUUCGAGCCUGGGGAUGAGAGAGCUAGGGAGGCUGGCCACAAGGGUGGAAAGGCUACUGGACACCCGGAGGAGUAA